AUGGACGAGGCGACUAUCGGGGUUGGUCCAUCUGGACAACAUGGACGAAGGCGUACCGGGCGAAAACGAGCUGGAGACGUCGUGGGUGAAGCAAGCUGGACCAGUAGCGUGAUCAACUUGGUGAAUACCAUUAUCGGCGCUGGCGUGCUUGCGAUGCCCCUAGCCAUUUCGCACAUGGGAAUCGCCCUUGGCGUUUGCGUGGUCUUAUGGUCUGGAAUGACCGCAGGAUUCGGUCUCUAUCUACAAUCACUAUGCGCACAAUACCUCGAUCGAGGGAGUGCUUCCUUCUUUGCGCUAUCGCAGUUGACAUACCCCAACGCAGCUGUCGUUUUUGACGGUGCAAUUGCGAUCAAAUGUUUCGGAGUCGGCGUGAGCUAUCUCAUUAUCAUAGGAGAUCUCAUGCCUGGGGUAGUACAGGGAUUUGUCGGCAGCGAGCCAGGAUAUGACUUUCUGGUGGACCGUCACUUUUGGGUUACAGCUUUCAUGUUGAUCGUGAUACCUCUUUCCUACCUUCGCCGAUUAGACUCUUUGAAAUAUACUAGUAUUGCGGCUUUGGUCUCCAUGGCCUAUUUGGUUGUCUUGGUCGUGUAUCAUUUUAUUCAGGGAGAUACAAUGGAAGACCGAGGCCCCAUUCGCGUGGGUCAUUGGGCUGGCCCAAUUCCAACUCUCAGCAGUCUACCAGUGAUUGUAUUUGCAUUUACUUGCCAUCAAAACAUGUUCUCCAUUCUCAACGAAAUUGCCAACAACAGCCACUUCCGCACCACUGCUGUGGUCUUUGCGAGCACAGGUAGCGCUGCUGCAACCUAUAUUCUCGUUGCCAUCACUGGAUAUUUAUCCUUUGGCAACAAAGUCGGCGGAAAUAUCGUCGGCAUGUAUCCACCUGGACUUUACGCGACCAUUGGACGCGCCGCAAUUGUCAUGCUUGUGGUCUUCUCCUACCCGCUCCAAUGCCACCCAUGCCGGGCAUCAGUCGACGCUGUCCUGAAAUGGCGUCCCAGACCUCAACCAAGCGGCACGGAAAGCUCCCCCCACCGCCACCCGCUUUUGGGCCCACGCGGUAAUCGCACACCAGAGCCAAUGAGCGACCUUCGCUUCUCCGUCAUCACGACUACCAUCCUGAUCCUCAGUUACCUUGUUGCCAUGACCGUGUCAUCCCUCGAAGCUGUUCUGGCCUACGUUGGUAGCACCGGCAGCACGAGCAUCAGCUUCAUUCUCCCUGGCUUAUUUUACUACAAGAUCUCUUCCCCAGAUUCGCCAACCCACCGUGGUCUAUUGAAAGAGGAUGACGAGGUCGAUGACGAUCUUUCAGAUGAAGACAACGGAGAUGAUGGCGAGGGCUCCCUCGCCCGUUCUUUAACUGAAAGCGGCCUCCUGCUCCGCGGUAACCGCCACUGGCGCAAAGCCAUCCUGCGCCGCCUGAGUCUUGCAUUAGCUAUUUACGGCCUUCUCGUGAUGGUAGUGUGUCUGAUUACGAAUACCUUCUUCAAAGCCUCGCAUUAA